UUUACUUCUUCCUCGUUUCAUUCAUAUUAUGCACAAAGGACUUCUAUGGCAUCUUCACCUUCAAUGCCUCAACAAGGUCCCCGAUUUCGUCCGUACGCAAGUCCUAACCACCAGGUCACCAAAGGCCGCUAUAUCACAAGUAAUGACCCAAGAGGUUACAUUCCCGUUUUUGAAUACCCGCUAAAUGGUCAAUGGAUUAUGAUGGACAUUGACGAUGGGUACAUUCUCUGGACGGGCAUUUGGAAAGCUCUCGGCAAUUCAAAGGCCGACAUUGUAAAAAUGAUCGAUUCACAGCCUGACUUGGCCCCCGUCAUCCGCCGUGUACGGGGAGGAUAUUUAAAAAUCCAAGGAACAUGGAUGCCUUACGAGGUUGCCCUCCGGCUUUCACGACGAGUCGCUUGGCCAAUCCGUGAAGAUCUAGUACCUCUUUUCGGGCCCACAUUCCCAAGCACAUGCCUCUCCCCAGACCAACCAGGCUAUGGUCAAGUGGUGUCCACUGCAUCCGGGCGGAGGCGGUCGCGCCGGAACAACCAAGUAGUCGCGCCUGCGCCACCUGUUCCUCGCGAUUCGCAAACGUCAUGGGCUAUUCCCGCCGCAGGGCCAAGUGCUCACACCGGUUCAUCAGCGCAUUAUCUGCCCCAAGGACAGCCAGCUUCCCUUCCAUCGAUGAUGUACAGAGACCCGUCAUCUUACUCUCAUCCGCAGCCCAUAAGUUCGCCCUUGCACAUCUCCUCUUCUGCAUCUCCGAUUAUGCGUGAGCGCUCCGCGCGAUCACGGUAUUCCCCUUACCCCGCUCCACCGUCCCGCAAACCUUCGAUUGCAACCAGUGACUCGGUUUCGCUAGAUAUUCCUUCAAUUUCUCUACAGGAUAUGCAUCAUAAUAGUCGAAAUGGCAAGUUCCCCGGAGACCAAAUUGUGUUGCCUCCGAUCCAACCUUUGGCUCCUCCAAAGCACAUCAGCACUACAUCAUAUGCACUGCCUCCCAUUUCAGCGCUCGAAGACUUGCGAGGGAUUUCUACGUACGACUCUGCAGCGGUGCUGGAACGCUUGAAGAUGGACGACGAGUGCACCGCCGAUGCCAGACACGAGGCAACUCAGUGGCCAAGGCAAAGAUCAGUGUCUACAACAUCACAUCAACGAGCACCACAAUCCUAUCCGCCAAGCUCAUGGCCGAAACACGGAUCAUCAGGCACACAUCGCUCCUCCCUGGAUGGGCCCUUCAGCGCAGACACUUCAAGAUCAUAUCGAACGCCACAUUCGCCGGAGCCCAGCAUGAGUUAUCAUUCAUCUCAUGACGGAAGCUCCGUUGAUGGCGCAUCUCCUGUAUCGCCUACAACACCACGUUCUGUGGAAGUCUCGUCGUAUAAAUCGAGACAUAUUGUCCAGAUGUCACCCGGGAAACAGCGCGCGCACGCGGGCUAUGACACAUCGCGGCUACCAUCGCCUCCUGAUGCGCAGAAGUACAGCCGGAAGUCAGCUGCUGGGGUAGACCCCCGGCUAUCCGCUUGUCGCCAUUCUUGCGAUGAUGACGAGGCUGAAUCUGAUUCGUCGGUACGAGGGCCACAUCGUCCGUGGUAGUGUGUUUGAUAUCGAUUCAUUCAUGGUUUUUCAUUCCCUCAUGGUCGUCCAUAUUCACGUUCGUCCGCACUGUCGGCCUUAAUCAUCUUCCGUAUUUGAUUUUAUACUGUCAUGUUUGCUAUCGUCGCAUGGAUUCAAGCUGCAUUGAUUUAGUUUGUAAUAUACCAGGGUCACGUAUAAUAAUUUACUUUGAUAGGAUACGCGGUUUCGGCCUCCUCUUCAACUUCC